GUUGUUAUUCCAAGGAGUCCUCUUCAGGCCAAAGGACUGCUGCUGUCAUGCAUAGAGGACAAAAAUCCAUGCAUAUUCUUUGAACCUAAAAUACUUUACAGAGCUGCAGUGGAACAAGUUCCAGUAGAGCCUUACACCAUUCCACUGUCUCAAGCUGAGGUGCUGCAGACGGGCAACGAUGUGACAAUGGUUGCUUGGGGCACUCAGGUGCAUGUAAUCAAAGAGGUGGCAUCAAUGGCUCAAGAAAAGCUUGGUGUGUCUUGUGAAGUUAUUGAUCUGAGGACAAUCUUACCCUGGGAUACAGAAACUGUUUGCAAGUCGGUGGCAAAGACUGGGCGAUUGCUGAUUAGCCAUGAGGCUCCCUUGACAGGAGGAUUUGCAUCUGAAAUCAGUUCCACAGUUCAG